AAGAAGAAGAACAAGAAGACGAAGACGACGACGAAGACGAAGAAGAAAUUGAAAUUUGGGCGGCAUUUCAGCAGUAGCUUCGUGCUUGCGGUUGUCGUGUUUUGUUUUCCUCACUCAAACUAAACAACGAUGUCGGAAAACGCAGUUCCCGUCCGCACUGUGGACGUGAUACUGAACUUUUACCGCCUCGAAGUCCUGACUGGCGAAGAGGCGAAGCACUUGACCAAGAGCGACCUGACUCCGACUCCGAAGCCAGAAGCAAUUCAAACAGUCUACAUGAGAGUGUUGCAUCUGCUCUUUCGUUUCACACCCGAAUGUCACUUCAUGGUUCCGCUUCUGCAAAACAUUCAGCAUCCUGAAUAUCAAGAAGGUGUAACGGGUAUCAUCAGUGUCUACGUUCGCAUGCGGCAGUUUCUGCCAAUGUGUUUCGUGUAUGACUUUGCACUGAAUGACCUUCUAGCACCAAAGAAACAGAGAACACUUUUUAUUUUGAGCGCCAUCAUGAACUAUCUCCAAUUCAGGAAGCUGAGGCUGAAUGUGUUGGCGGAAAAGCAAACCAAAAUUAGGGCAUCUUUGGACAUGCAACAAACUUAUGCGAAAAGAGUCCAAGAAGCAGAGACAAAAAUUGCAAAGCUGAGUAUUAUCCCACCGGAGCAGCAGGCUGAGGCUAGUAAACUGGACGCUGCCCUCUCUGAACUGAACACAAUCAUCAAGAAUGAAUACAAGGAAGUGAAUACAAUCAAUGACAGUAUUACAGAGUGGAAAUCAAAAGUUGCCGAGAAAACACAGAAACUGGCCCAGGCGAAGAUGGAUGUAAACAACACAAAAGAAAACAUAACCAAACUCAAGUCUCAAAUUGUUGAGUCACCAGAAGAGCUGAAGAUCCAAAUGGAGAAGAUGAGGAAAGAUGUCAAGAACAUCAAAAGCGCUAUUGAACAAGCUGAUGAGUUUGUAGUGGAGCUCCAGAACAUGGUCCACAGAGUGACCCACACUGAUCUGGAGAUCCAGCAGAUGUACAGUUUGCUGCAAGAACUGGAAAUCGGCAUGAACGACAGAAAGCAGGAGUAUGAGGAGCGUCUACAGCUCAUGGCUCAGGAUGAGAAAAAGCAGAAGGAGCUUAAGAACCUGUGCAAAGAGGAGGAGCAGCUGAAGCGAAGUCUUGGCAUGAAGCUGGACAAGGAGAUCAAACAAAACAUCCGCAGGCAAAAGGAGAAGGAGGCAAAGGAGCAGCAUAUCAAGAAUGUGUUGGGACAGUGUAAACAAGUACAUCAGAAGCGUGAGGAAAAGGCAGACCAAAUAAAAGAGAUCUCCAGAGAGUCGCAGCAGCUGAAAGUUCAGAUCCAGAGCCUCAAAGAUGUCUCCCGCAAACAGACCGAGGCGGCUCAGGCUAUGUAUGGCACCCUUUCAGCUGCCAUGGACGAGCUGGACGGGAGAAUCGAGAUGCAGAUUUUAAAUCUGAAAGAAGAUGCCAUCAAGAUGUCUGCAAAUUUUCCACUUUAGAGGUGGUUGGGUGUCAAGUUCAAAAGCAUGUGCAGAGUUAAAAGGAAUGUGCAUUGUUAUAAAACUAUUUGAAAGGUGUGUGCUCACAGUGAAACUAAAAAAUGAAAGCUUAAGUUGCGUUCGUGUCGUCUUCCAGACGUGGCGAAUUUGUGCGUGAUUUAGGUUUAGCUUGUAAAACAAUGUUAACCAUUUUCCAUCAAGUAACAAAAGUAUUUGUCUGUGGGUAGAGCAAACAAGUUAUUAGUCUUUAAAAAAAGUGUUCAGAUUCUGUAAUAUUUUAUAAUUGGGGGGGGGGCUGUAAUUGUUUUCAUGACCUUACCUCCACUGUCUGUGUUAGAAGAGCUUGUUUGUAAUUGGUAACUUUGGCCUAUCGCUUUGGCAAAGGUUGAUCUUCAUCUCAUCAGUCAUCUUUGAGGCUCAUCUCGACUGGUAAAAUUUCAGCCUGGCCCUCCUAGUGUUCUCUCAAAUUAGUGAUUUGCGUGUUCUACUGUAGCUUUUGUACAAUAUGUUGAUGAAAUCUUUUGCAAACAGUACAUUGUGAAAUCUUCCCUCCUGCUCUGUGGAGGUUGGAUGAUGUCACCUCCAAAGCAGUCACUUUUCAAGAGGGAGGGGGAAAAAAAAACAUUAACCCAGGGUUGUCAAACUCAUUUUUGUGUCUGGCUGCAUUGUAGUUAUGAUUUCCCUCAGAGGGCCGUUAGAACAGUGAAACCAUAUAAAUGUUUAAUCACCAAAUCAUAUUACCAUUACAGAACAAAUUGAGGGAUAACUACUUUUAAAAUCAGAAGGAUAAUAGUUUAAGUAUUAAGUUACUGUAGAAGAAGGGUUUGGUAACAGAAAAAUGCAAUAUCUCAACAUUAUUAUGACACUUUGGAAUUUGGGUACAGAUUUUAGCAAAACUCGCAAAAGUUGCAUAUUUGCUUUCGCGGGCCACAUGAAAUAUGUGGUGGACUGCAUCUGGCCUUGGGUUAGGGUUAAUAUAUAUUAUAUAUACGCAUUACACGUGCAUACAGACCAACCUUCAGUUCUUGUACAUUAACACUGCAUGUAUGUAUAACCGGGCAAAUCUUAAAUUGUGGUCUUCCAUGGAUUUAAUCGGUUGCACUACCGCCCAUUCUCCACUGGGUGGCGGCACACUGAUUGAACAUCCACAAUUAUGAAAUACACAAGGCAGAAUAAUGCAAUCAUUUUCAUAGUUUAUUUGUGAACGUUGUAAAACAAUGGUCUUGACACGUGUAUAUAUAUAUAUAUAUAUUGUAAUGCGUCUUAACACGUAAAAAUACUUCACAUUUGGAGAGCUUGAAAGUCACCUUAAAACAACUUGCACAAGAUGCCAUUACACGUUUACAACAAAAUACCCCGAGUGGCUUUUUCAUGUUUCUUGUUGAAUCUCAUUUUGUUGGAAUACUUUCCAAAUUGGCAUUGCACUGAUACGGCAUUGAAACUUCUAAAUGGUUUACUUUAAUACUGUUUUUUUUUUUUUUUUACAUUUACUU